GUAAAAUUGAGCUUUGAAAGCUUCAAAAUCGCGACUUGCACCCAUCCAUACCCUCAGCUUUUUAGCCUUGUAUUCAAUCCAACCCAACACUGAUCCUCACGCCUUGAGGAUCUAAUAAAUCUUCCAUAUUUUCCCGGAAUUGGAUGACCCGAAACGAAUUCUAUAUCCACACAACAUGUCGAAAAGACAGGCCUCUGAAGCUUUAGAGGACCUCCAAGGCGUUGACACCCCCGUAUCAAAAAGAUCGCGAGUCGACGACGGUCCUGAGUUAAAUGGGAAUGGCACCUCCGUUUCAGAUGGGAGACUAGACGAUGAAGACGAUUUUGAGGAUGAGCCUUCGAAGGCACCGAUACGACAGUCCGCCCCUACAGAAGGGUAUGAUGAUCUCUAUCUAGACACGAUCGAUCGCAACGUGCUCGACUUCGACUUCGAAAAAUUAUGCUCCAUCAGCCUGUCAAACAUAAAUGUCUAUGCGUGUCUAGUCUGCGGCAAAUACUUUCAAGGACGCGGCCCCAAAUCGCAUGCAUAUUUUCACUCUCUCGAAGUUGGACACCAUGUGUUCAUCAAUAUGGAGACGCAAAAGGUUUACGUGCUACCAGAAGGCUACGAAGUGAAGAGUAAAUCUUUGGACGAUAUAAAAUACGUAUCUGAUCCGAGGUACACGAAGCAGGAGGUGAUGGAGCUAGAUCGCAAGGCGCGAACCGCAUGGACACUGGAUGGAAAAGAGUAUACGCCUGGUUUUGUGGGAAUGAAUAAUAUCAAGGAAAACGAUUACCUCAACGUCGUAGUCCAGGCGCUAUCUCAUGUUUCGCCCCUUCGCAAUUUCUUCCUGCUAGAAGAUCUCUCGUCGCGCGCUGAGCUCGUGAAGCGUUGCGGUAUUCUAUUCCGGAAGAUCUGGAACCCUCGAGCUUUCAAAAACCACGUGUCGCCUCACGAACUGUUACAAGAGAUCUCGUUAAGAUCUAACAAGAAGUUUACAUUAACAACGCAAUCUGACCCUGUCGAGUUCUUAUCGUGGUUUCUCAACAACUUGCACCUGGGACUGGGUGGGAGCAGGACAAAACCGGGAAGCAGUAUCAUACAAAGGAUAUUCCAGGGGAAAUUAAAAGUCGAGUCGCAAGCUAUCACGGCCAAGGCAGAUGCUAACGAUCGCUUGCGAUUCGAAGAGGCGGCAGAGGUAAAGGCGGAAAUCAGUCGAUUCUUACUCUUGACGCUCGAUCUACCACCAGCGCCCCUAUUUCAGGACGAGCUGGAACGAAACAUCAUCCCGCAAGUGCCCCUGACUACCAUAUUAUCUAAAUAUGACGGUGUCAAAGCGCAGGAGCACCUAGCGCAGAGGAAACGAUAUCGACUAAUGCACCCUUUACCGCCUUACCUUACAUUCCACAUCAAGCGCUUCUCUACAAACAAAUUUGUAUCAGAGCGCAACCCUACGAUCGUCACUUUUGAUGCGCGCGUGGGUCUUGAUGUAUCGCCUUAUGUAGAACCCAGCCCGGCAGAGUAUCCUCCAGGAGAACCUAUUUGGUACGAUCUGGUUGCAAACGUCACGCAUGAGGCUGUUAGAGCUAAGGAGGACGUGGCUGACUCGGGAGAGGAACGGAAGACGUGGAAAGUCCAGCUCAAGGACAAGGGAAGAGAUGAAUGGGUUGUGUGCCAAGAUCUAUUCGUAGAGCAGACUCAGAAAGAACUGCUGUAUUUGGGCGAAUCGUAUCUGCAGGUUUGGGAAAGGCGGCGAGAUCCCAAAGGCAAGCGGAAAGCAUGAAAAUACCUAGGCAUUUGGGAUAUAUCGGAUCGAUUCAGUCAAGAAAUGGUCACAAUUGGGACCUUGACACCCCAUUGUGGCUUACUAUUAUUACUUUACUAAAGAGAUACCAGCAAUUCUGCGCUUCUCAGCUAACUCAAUGUGUCUUCGUGCUAUGAACAUACAUCUGUUUGGUUUUAUCAGCUUGGGCCAUUGAGGCUAUUCAUAGACAUUGUAUAUUCAAGCCGAACCAGAUGAUUAACCGCUUCGAGCAGA